AUGGAGCUGUACUGCCUGGAGUCGAACUCCGCCGUGAGAGCCCAGCCCGACCCGAACCUCCUGAGUGAUGAGCGGGUGCUGCAGAGCCUGUUGACCGUGGAGGAGCGCUUCCUGCCGCAGUGCUCCUACUUCCAGCGGGUCCAGAAGGACAUCCAGCCCUACAUGAGGCGCAUGGUGGCCGGCUGGAUGCACGAGGUGUGUGAAGAGGAGAAGAGUAAUGAAGACGUCUUCCCUUUAGCCAUUAACUAUUUGGACAGAUUUUUAGCCGUUAUGCCCACGAGAAAGAGUUAUUUACAGCUUCUGGGAGCCGUGUGUAUGUUCCUGGCCUCCAAGUUAAAGGACUGCAGGCCACUCUCAGCAGACAAACUCUGCAUGUACACAGACAACUCCAUCACGCCACGGGAACUGCUGGACUGGGAACUGGUCGUGCUGGGCAAGUUGAAGUGGAACAUGGCCUCAGUCAUCCCCAACGAUUUCAUAGAGCACAUCAUUCGCCGGCUGCCGCUUCCCAAAGACAAGCUGUCGAUGGUCCGCAAGCACACGCAGACGUUCAUCGCCCUCUGUGCCACAGAUGACCGCCUCGCCAUGAACCCUCCCUCCAUGAUUGCCACCGGCAGCAUGGGAGCUGCCGUCUGCGGCCUGCAGCUGGACCACAGUGACCAGAGGCUGAGUCGAGACAACCUGACAGACCUGCUGGCCAAGAUCACCAACACAGAGGUGGACUGCUUGAGGGCUUGCCAGGAGCAGAUCGAGCGCGUGCUGGCCGCCAGCCUGCAGCAGGGCCAGCACCACCGGCAGGAGGGCGGCCUCCGGGCCGGCAGCAAGACCCGCGAGCAGCAGGACCAGUCCAGCACCCCCACGGACGUUCGCGACGUCAACUUAUGAGCUCCCGGCGCCGCCCGGCCCGCCGCAUAAACUGAAAGAGGAGGGCUGGAGGCGGGGGCUUUUCAGCGGUGGUCUGACAAUCUAUGAACUUUUAGAAAUAAGAAAUUUGUCUCUUUUGUUUUGUUUUUACUCUUUCACACCCCGUUGGGUGUGUGUUCACCUUUUGUUGGGCCACAUGUAAUCAAAAACAAGCUAUUUAAAAAAGAAACUGUCUUGAAAACUUGAUAGUGCCUUAGGUUCCCCGAGAGUGGAGGCCUGAGAAUAUAUUUUCAUACUUGAAAACAAAAAUAGCAUAAUUAUAUUAAAUAUACAUAUUUUCUUUUUGAUACAAACUAGCAAAAUGUAUAUUUAGCUAGCAUUUAGUUAUGUUACUCUUUACCCAUUUUUAGUGAGCAGUUAUCAAUUGAAAUGGGGUUUUCUGUGCGAUCGUUACCAGCACGUGGCAUUUACACCGAGCUGAGACAUCACCGUGCGCCUGUAGCACCGCUCACUAUUUAUGCGGAGGAAGUGCUGGACGAGAGGGGGCUGGGCCCGCUCGCACCGGACGGACGUGAAGACGGGACGGGGUCCUCGGACCGGAGCGGUGACGGGACCGCGGCGUUCCGUUUCAGCCUGUCGUCGUGUUUUCUGUUCAUGCAGAUGAUGGAAACUGGAAAGUGACCCGUUUGAGAAAAGUUCUACUUCCCAGUGUGGAGCGUCGUGUCUUGUAGAUAAAUACAUCCUUUGUUGCUCCUCUGUACAGAAAUACUGCUGAUUUUUUUCCCUAGAUAUCUACAUACGUUAAUCUAAUAUAGCCUGGAUGAGUGUGUAUCAUUGGGAACAUCCUUUCUGAUGUAUCUGUUCGAUGACAUUAUUUAAGUUCCAAGUUUCAGUCUUCAGCACUUCUACAGACUGCAGACGCUUGUUUUCACUCACUGCCGGGUGGUUGCUUUGUUACAGAGCACAUCAUUCUGAGAAAAUCUCUCAUCCGAAUGCACAAACACGUCAAAAGUUGGAGAUUUCCGAGUUUGACUGCGCUCAGAUUUAUUUGACCCGCUUGGAAGUAGGACUUUUCCCGCUUUCCAGUUCCUCUCAACGUAACCAUUGUGCUGUUCGGUGUUUUGUUUUGUUUUUUAUUUUUUUCUCAUUGUUCGUACAUGUUAGAGAGCAUUCAGGAGGGUUUUAAGCUUCCAUCAGGUCGGACUGAUGUCGAGAGUGAGGGGGGGAAAAAAGGAGAUAAGGCAAGUUUUUAUUUGAACCAAGUUUGAGAGGGAAAGGACGAGAGCGGACGGGUUUGAGGAGAGGAUGAAGAAAGUGCUGAAAGACGAGCGGUUUGAUGAUCGAGGAGGUUAACUUUAAGCUUUAUGAUGUUCCUGCAGUUGCACGAUAGCAGUAAUCGAGUUUUACCAUUUUUUGAGACUUGGGGAACAAUAUUGAUGCACUUUUAAACACACUCCUUAAGAUUGGUAAGGGGAUAGUGGUUGAGGAGAGAUUUUUUUUUUUGAGGGGGGUGUCUUUGUCUUUUUUUUUUUUUUUUUUUUUUUAGUUUAAGUUAUUUGACUUUCUUUCGUUCCUUUUUUUUUCCGGGCUGGAUCCCCACGGGGUAACGCAGAUUGUCUUGAAAACUACGCCCCAACAGGUGACAUAGACAUAGGAUGAUCGGCGUCGUAGUGUAAUAGUAUAUAAAAUAAAGAGAAGCCAAGCCACGUGUAGACUUCAGUGCGUGUAUUUACCUUUGAACUUGAAUUUUAUUUUCCUCCUUUUUAAAUUUAUAGUCAAACUUACCCUGCUGUGUCCUGAAUAUCCAUGUUUUGUACCUUUCCUCUUCACGUACACCGCUCUCAACUGAAGUUUUACGUCUGCCCUUUGUUUUGUAUAUAACAGACUUACUGAAAUCCUCACGAUGUAUCACAACAGGAAUCUUGUGUCUAAAUUGUAUUUGUGCAUGUUUUGAUUGUGCAAAAAAAAAACCAAAUGUUUUUCACCCCCGUAAAAAAAGAAAAAUGCUUUAAACAGAAAAAAAGUUGUUGCUUUUCCAGGUUUUGUUUAUAAUUUGAGAGGUAAUUCCAAAGUUAGAAAGAGAUUAUAUAUGUUGUUCUCUUGCUGCUAUUAAGCUUUUCUUUUCUAGUCUUACACAAAGAUGCCUUAUUGUCAUUCACUUGUGUGCUGCUAUAUUAUGAUUUUUUUUUUUUUUUUUUGUAUAUGUAACAAGUCUUUGCGUUUCUGUUGUGUAUGUACCGGAGGGAACGUAACACAGUUUGGUGCGGGACUGGAAGUACUCGUGUUUUGCCGAUGUCAUUGAUUAGCAUGUUUUUAUUCUUUUUAUUGUUCCAUUUGUAUCUUUAUAUUCUAUAAUCUUGCUGCUUCUUGGUAAUGUUUGUGUACCUCAGGUUAAUUUGGACAGAGAGAGAGAGCCCAUCUCAUCAUUACCUCAUCACAGUUCGCAUCACACGCGUCGUCUUCACUCUUAAUUUGUCGGACUGGUUUCACUUUUAUUUUGUUUUUGUUUUUUUUUUUUUGUUUUUUUUACUUUGAGAGGAAGUGUAGGGCUUAUACUUCUUCUGUAACCCCCACCCUAGUGGCCGGAUGCCCACUGAGCGGUUCAAAGUGCCUGCAGCCUGUUUUAAAUGAGGUUGUCUCUUUACAUCUGGUGCUAAGUCAAUGCAAACCUACAUAGCGUAUUCUACUUGUAUCUGAAAAAAAUGACUUAUUGUCAAAGAUUUUGUAGUUUCGUUAACAUAUUUUAUCAGUUUUGAUCAAAGUGGAAUAUUGCUCAUUUUUGAGGUACCCAGUAAUUUCAAGUUUGAUCCACCAGAAUGUUUUAUUGUUGUUCAGUGUGGUUAUUACAUCAAUCUGCCUUCACACUGUCCCACAUGCAAAAACACAAUGUACCUCAACAAUUUGUCCUCAAUAAAUUGGCUAAAAUCA